GUUGACCCAGCUGAGGAUUCAUAGGCGGGCCCGAAGCGUGGGCUGUUGGCUGGGAGCCGCCACCAGGAUGGAAGCACAGGGCUGUGCACCGAGGUGACGAACAGCGAACGGGGCACGGGGCUGAUCUCUGCAGGGGGAGCAGAGGAGCGCCGGGUCCUGCUGAGCUGCCCAAAGGAGGAGAUGAGCCCGGGGCUGCUCCCACCAGGAGGCGAUCACAGAACGCAUUCACAGCCGCGGUGAGAGUUAUGGAGUUAUUGCCGGUUCCGGAGCAGAGCAAAGCACGACCGACGGCGUCCCGUGGCCGGUAACCUCUGCCCUGCAGGUUCGUGCGGCUGGGAGCGUGAUUGCAGCACGGAGAUCACAGCCGGCUCCUCCGCAGCUCUGCGCUGGGAGCUGCCUGACUUCCAUCCCCCACCGAGGAGCAGAGCGCCGCCCGUGGGCAGCGGAGCAGCGGGCAGACACCGUGUCCGUGUGCGGCCAUCGGGCACUGACAGCACAUCGACACUAUUUGGAGCCAUUGCUCCAUAGUCCUGCUCAGGGUGCACGAUGGUGCCACGCCUCAGCCGCUGCUCAAGAAGAGAAGGAAUCGAUUCUCAUUCAGGCUCCGUGCCGUCGGACUGGGACCAGGGCCGGUUCCGACACCAGACCCGGCUCUUCCGUGAUCGGAAGCGGUUCCAUCCAGCCCGGCCGCGCCGUGUCGGACUCAGAGCGGCAGAACAGCACAGAACAGAACAGCGCAGAACAGAACAGAGCAGAGCAGAACAGAACAGCGCAGAACAGAAUAGAACAGCGCAGAACAGAACAGCGCAGAACAGAACGGCGCAGCGCAGCGCAGCUCUCCCGUCCUCCGCAGCUGCGCGGAUCCUCUCUCAUCGCAGCGCCCACCCGCGGCCGUUCCGGCGCCGUCCGUGGGGCGAAGCGAGCGGGGAAACGACGCGACCCCCCCGUCGUGACGGCGGCUGCUCCGCCCGCCCGGCGGCCCCUUGCGGAGGGCGGGGGCUCGGGGCGCCCAAUGGGAGCGGGGCGGCCGUGACGGCAGCGCGGAGCCGCUCCGGGUCCCGGCACUGCGCGUCUCGACGGCCGGAGCUGCGCGGCGCCAUGUCGCGGCUCAGCCCGCAGGAGGAGAACCUGCAGGGUUCCUGGGUUGAACUUCACUUCAGCAGCAAUGGAAAUAGCAAUGGAAACAGUGCGGCAGCGGGCAGCCAAGAACAAGUACCAGCUUCUAUCUCCAUUCACAAUGGUGACAUGGAGAAAAUACUGCUCGAUGCUCAGCAUGAGUCUGGAAGGAGCAGUUCCAGAGAGAGUUCCCAUUGUGACAGGUAAACAAAAUGCUUUGCUGUAAUAAUGGUUACUAUGGGGAAUGGUUUUGAAGUGAGACAGGGGAGGUUCAGGUUGGAUCUGAGGAGGAAGUUUUUCCCCCAGAGGG